AUGCAAAAUAAAUCAAAUCUUUCAGCAAAAGAAUAUGUUACUUUUGGUGGCAUUAAUAACUGUAUUGUAUACUCUGUAGUUUCCCAGAAUGCUAAUGUAAACAACAAAGUCCAUGAAGAGUCGCAUAACUUUGAUUUCCCCGUUUACAUUACUCCCAUUUCUCGUAGACUUUAUCUUGAAAAAGUAUACCUGAUUAUUCAAAUAUUUACAUUUGGAAUUAUUUCAAUUUUUUCACAUUGGUUCCCAAACUUCUACAGAUGGAUAAACUUUAAAGCUUCAACAAUUAUUGAAUGUGACUCUUUUUUAGUCAUUACAAAAGAAUCAUAUUAUGCUGUUGUUAAAAAGAAUAAGUUCUACAGUUCAAAUAAGAAUUUUUCAAAGGAUGAAAUGAAUCUUUUAAAAUUUCUCAAUAUUCUUCCGUCUCAAUAUAAAUUCAAUGAUCUGAAGGUACAAAAGAAUAGUAACCACAAUAUUUCAAGUAGCAACCGAGCAAGCAUUAUUAAUUGCAAUAAUAAUUUAAUAUGUCACCAAAACUCUUUAUUCUUUAAUCCAGAUAUCGAAAUCACAUUCUUUACAUUUUGUGGUUCAAUAUAUGUUUUUGAUUCAGUAUUAAACAAAUUUAAUAUUACUAUUCCUUCUCUCGAUAAUAAUCCAUACUCUGUAAUUAGAAAUCGAUUUGGUAAGAUUCUUGGAUCUUUAUCAAAGAUUGAGAAUACAGAUGAUUCACCUUAUACAGAUUCUAUUGAGCACAUUCAAGAAGACUCAAUUAGGUUAAAUCUUCAGAAUAUCUUUGGUAAAUGCUCAUGUGACAUUCCCAUUGUACCAAUUGCUGACCUUAUUAAGAAUGAGAUUUUACAUCCCUUUUUUAUUUUUCAAGUAUGUGCAAUAUUUAUUUGGUUCAGAAAUAGUUAUGUUGAAUAUGCCGUUUUAAUUAUACUAAUUACCAUAAUUUCCCUAAUUAACUCUGUAUAUGAUACUAGAUGUAGUCAUAUUAAGAUAAAUGAAAUUUCAAAGCUUGAUUACAAAGUAUCCAUAAUUUCCAGAAAUCCAAAUACUAAAGAACCAUAUGAGCGCAUAAUUAACUCUUCAGAUCUUCUUCCUGGUGAUCUUAUUAUAUUAAAACCUGGAAUGAUACUUCCAUGUGAUGCAAUCAUAUUAACUUCUAACAUCAUUGUUAAUGAAGCUGCUCUUACAGGAGAAUCUGUUCCUGUUCUCAAAUCGCCAAUACCAAAAUAUUCCAGUGAGCUUUUUGAUGCGGAAAAAGAUCAUAAACAUAUUGUAUACUCUAGAACUGUAGUUAUGGGAGUUCAAGGAGCAAACAAUAUUCAAGGAAUUGCCCUUGUUUUAAAGAUUGGAUUCUCAACUCUUCAAGGAAGAUUUCUUCAGUCAAUGUAUUGUGAUGUAAUUACUAAUAGGUUACAUUACCAGAAUGAUAAACUUUACCAAGACUCCAUGAAGUUUGUAAAAUUCUGCUUUUUUAUUGGAAUUAUUGGAUCCAUUAUUACUGCAGUUACUGGAUUCACUAUUGGUAUAGAACCAAUUGUAAUUAUACUCCGCUCAUUUGACUUAUUCACCAUUGUUGCUCCACCGGCUCUUCCUGCAACUAUUGCUGCAGGUUCUACUGUAGCUAUAAGAAAGCUUAAAAAUAAGAAAAUUUCUUGCUCAAACCCAAGCUCUGUCAAUAUUGCAGGUCAAGUUAAUACUGUAGUUUUUGACAAAACUGGAACUUUAACUUCUGAUGGCUUAGAUGCUGUAGGGUGCAUCUCAUCAAUACCAGGAUCAAUACCCUAUCUUGAUGGACUAUGUACGUCAGGUUCACAAGCAACUCAUCUUAUGUCUCAAGCUCUUGCAACUUGCCAUACUGUGAGUUAUAUUGACAAUGAGCACUCGCAAAACUUUGGUAAAAAACAUUAUCAAAAUGAAGGUAAUAUUUCAGAGCAACCCUUAAACUCAAGAGUCAUUGUUGGUGAACCUUUAGAAAUGUGUAUGUUCCAAUUUAGUGGGUGGAUAUUAUGUGAUGAUUGUAGCAAUAGUUACUAUCAUAAUUUAAAUGAAAACUAUGAAAGUAACCUUGACUACUUAGCCAACAAUAAUUUCAACAACCUUAAAUUUGAGAGGUCACGUUCAGAAUCUUCUAUCCAGGAUUCUAUUCAGAAAAAUACCAACAAUAAUCUUGGAAAUGAUUCCUUACCUUUCCAACUUAGCAACAAUUUUGAGAUUGAUAACAGUUGUGUCAGCUCUGAAAACUUUGAUUUUUCUGAACUUCCGCCCCCGAGAACUGUAAGAAGGUACUUUGAGCGUGUUGAAGGAUCUCAUAUAUUUGGAUCACAAGAUUUUGAAGAGCUUGAGAUUCUCAAAGUUUAUGAAUUUUGUUCAAAGUUAAGAAGAAUGACUGUAGUUUGCAGAAACCCUGCUAAACCUUAUGAGUUUUUGGUUUUCUGUAAAGGUAGCCCUGAACAAUUAAAAUCAAUUUGCCAAACAGAAUCUAUUCCUUCAAAUUUUGAUGAAUGCGUUAUGAACUAUUCAAGAUGUGGAAUGCGUAUUCUUGGGUUUGCUGUUGGCUAUAUUAACUGUUCAAAUGAGAAUCCUACGUCUUUCUUGGAAACUUUAUCAAGAAACGAAGCAGAAGAAAGGCUCAACUUUAUCGGGUUAAUGGUAUUUGCAAAUAAACUUCGUCCAAAUACUACUGAUGUUAUUUCAACUCUUAAAGAGUCCAAUAUUAACUGUAUAAUGUCAACAGGAGAUCACAUUUUUACAUCUAUAGCAGUUGCUCAAGAAUGUGGCAUAUUCUCUUCUUUUAACUCCUUAGGACCAUUAAACAAGAAGAUUGUAAUUGGAGAUAUCAUUGGAUCCCAUUCUGGGGAGGAAUGCAUAAGGUGGACAAUGAUGAACAGUAAUUACAAAAAUAUCAAAGUAUUUAACAGUAUUCAGGAAAUCUUGGAAAAGUAUCCAUUGGAAAACAUUAACUGGGUAAUUACUGGGCAAUGUUUAAGGCUGCUUAAUAAACUUCAUAACAUGUUUGAACUUAAAUAUUUAGACUUGUCUAAUGACCCCGAGAAACCUCCAAAUCAUAAUAACCAUACCUUCUCUUUCUUGAACUAUAACAAACAAGCUGAGAAAUUUUAUAGACAGAUCAAAACUAACCAUCAAAGUCUCCCAUGUUGGAUAACUUUAAGAUCAAAUACACGUGAAUCCAGCUCAAAUCGUCUAGAACGUAUUAUUAUCGAUACUGAUGAUGGUGAAGAGUUUAUAAAAUCUGAUUACGUCCCAUAUAACCUCGACUGCACCAGAUACCAAAAGAAGUCUAAUAUCGUAUUAGAAAACUCCAUUGGAAUCACAAACGAACUAGAGAAAUCUAUGAUUCUCAGUUUUAGUGCAAUGGUCCAUGAUAUUCCUUUAACUUUACGUAUAUCAGCUUUGGAAUUUAUUAUUAGAUAUUGUCAUGUGUAUUCAAGAAUGACCCCUGAAGAUAAAGCUAUGCACAUUAACUUACUUCAGAAACUUAAACCAAAUCCAAUGGUUGGUAUGUGUGGGGACGGAAAUAAUGAUAUUCUUGCAAUACAGUCAGCCAACAUUGGAAUAGCUAUUACAGACCAUGAAGCAUCAGUUGCAGCAUCAUUUGUUUCAAAUGAAAGAGACAUUGCUGCAGUUCCAGAUAUUAUAAUGGAGGGUAGGGCUGCUCUAACUUCUACAAUUCAAUCAUUCCAGUUUUUUGUUUUAUAUAUAUUCAUACAAUUCACUUCAGUCUUAUAUCUAUAUAGCAAAGGAACCAACUUCACGGAUCACCAAUUCAUAUGGAAUGAUGUUGUUACCUUUCUCCCAAUUUCUGUAUUAGCCACCUUAACAAAAAGUGCAGAGAGUUUUCCACCUGAAAUACCAGCUUAUAAAGAUAUCCUAAGCAGUAAUGUUAUUGUUGGAAUCAUUUCUCAAUGCAUAAUUCAAUUAGCUUUUCUUAUUCUAAAUAUAUUAAUUGUUUCGGGGCAACCAGGGUUCAUUCCCUAUGUUUCUGGAAGAAGCUACGAGGAUAAUAAUCAAAAUGUUCACUUACAAAUGUGUGUUGAAAACACGGUAACCUUCCUUGUUUCUUGCAUUCAGUAUGUAGCAACUGGAAUCGCAAUUCAUAAGACCAAACCAUUCAGACUCUCGUUAUUUACCAACAAGCUUUUUGUAAUCCAAAUCAUAUUUAUCAUUGUAUCAACUAUUGCAAUCAUCUUGGCGCCAAAUUCGUUCCUUUCCAACCUUCUUAACAUAGUAACUCUUCCUGGCUCUUCAAGCUAUAUUUUACUCACAACAUUUGCUCUUGACCUUAUAAUUAGUAUUGUAACCAUGAACCUAAUUAUCAAGGCUGUGCAUUUAAAGGAAAUACACAGCAAUGGCCCAGCCUACUUCCCUCACUUCCAUCCUCUUCGUGUGCCAAAGAGCAAACUGGAAUGGAAAAUUAAUACUAAUCCAAUUUAG